AUGUCUCGGCAACUCAGCAUGGACACGGUGCAGCAGAACUUCUGGAAGGAGGAGUACCUGAGGGAGAAGAUGCUGCGCUGCGAGUGGUACCACAAGUACGGGUCCCUGGUGAAGGCCAAGCAGAAGGCCAAGGCUGCAGCCCGCCUGCCGCUCAGGCUGCCAGCCCUGCCCCCCAGAGCUCCACUCUCACCCCCGCCUGCCCCCAAAGCAGUUCCUUCCAGGGCCUCCAGCCCUGCCCUGGAGGCUCCUAUUCAGUCAGAAAUGUACCCAGUCCCGCCUGCCACCCGGGCCCUGCUGUACGAAGGCAUCUCCCACGACUUCCAGGGCCGCUACCGCUACCUCAGCACCCGAAAACUGGACGUGCCAGAGAAACGCUACCUCUUCCCCAUCACCACCAGCUUCACAUAUGGCUGGCAGCUGGGCCCCCCAGUGAAGCAAGAACUGGUCUCCUGCAAGAUGUGCCGCACUGAUUCUUUCUUCCGCAAGAAUGGGGCCUUCGCGCUACUCGAUCCCCGGGAUUUGGCCCUCUGACCUUGAGCAGCGCAGAGGGCUCAGGGGAGGGAAGAAGAAAUAACACACCUCCUGGUGGGGCGAAGCUGCAUGUAUGUCUGUGUCUGGCUCUCCCAGGCGCUGAGGCUGCGUUCUGGGCCUCUCUGAAACUCCCUCUGACCUGCCG